AUGGAGUCAGCCAGCUCAUCCCGCAAACGACCCCGCGAGAACGAAAGUGAGAGCCAAAGAGUCAAGCGCGAAAAGGCGGCAGCCCGCCAGCGGAAAAAGCGGGAAAAGGACAGGAAUCAGGCUGGGAUGGGGUUGAUGGCCUUUACGCACGACGAGCAGGAUCUACAGCAGCAGCAGCAACAACAACAACAAGAAUUGCACCACCACCACCAACAACAACAACAACACCACCAUCAGCACCACCUCCAGCAGCAGCAGGACCAGCUCUCCUUACCCCCCUCCCCCGGCUCCAUGUCCGUCUCGGUAUCCGCGUACCAGCAACAGCAACAGCAGGUACAAGAACCGGCCCCGUUGACUCCGGACGAACAAGCCCGCAGGGACCGUGUGCGCGCCGCUGCUCGCAUACGGCAGCGAAAACACCGGUUGAUGGUCAAACAGCGGAAAAUGCGCGAGUUGGGGCUGGACAUGGGGAACGAAAUUAUGCCGGGGAUGGAGGAGGUGCAUUAUAGAGCUGCGCCGGAUGGGCAGUAUCAUCAGGUUAUGCCGCAUGAGCUUCAGCAGCAGCAGCAGGGGGGACAAGGGCCGCAAGGACAAGGACCGCCGGGGCAGCACAUGCAGCAGCAGCAGAUUGAACCCCCAUUCCCGCAAGGUGCGGUUCUUGGAGGCCAGACCUUCGCCUCGACUUUACUCCUUUCUUUUUCGUGUGCCCCGUUGCUGAAACAGCACCUCCUCCGUACGCUCGCCAUGUCGAAUGAAGAGCUUACCUCGCUCGAACCUAUCAUUGCGGAGGCUUGGGAUCGAUGGGACCACCAACGCCGCCUCCACUACGCAGAACAAGCCGCAAAAGGUAACGCCCAAGGCAUCCCCGGCGGGCCCUCUGCCUUCCCCGUCCCCGUGGACAUGUCCCAGCACCCCCCACCCUUCCCUCACCCCAACGGCCCCGGGCCCGCCGAUACCAACGCCAACGACUUUCGGGCACGCUUCCAGCGGAGUGUAGCUGGUCCAAUCGCUUUUCGCGGGGGCGGCUACGCCCACGAGUACGACUGCGAGCACGGCGGACCCGAUUGA